UAAAUGAGCAGAUAAAACAGCGGGGCUACUUGGAUAAUUAGCGUACGGUCUGCUUGUCGGUGUUGCUCCUAGUUGGCUUUUUUCAGUGAAUGUCCUUCUUCACCUUUUUUACAUACUACUUAGUUCUCUUUCUAAAUACUGCAGCAGGAGCUAAGUCUCAUCUCAUAGGCGUUGGUUUUGCACAGUGUCGUGAUCUGGGAGGCUUGGCUUUGAUCUUGUGGUGAGUGACGGGGUUUUUGGGGGGUCAUAGGCGUCGCUGGAGGGUGCAUGUACAUAAAUGCUCUGCGCCUAUGUGUUUGUAUCAUUCAUAUCUAGAUCUAUAUUCUCAGCUCUGAUUCUAUAUUGUGGCAGCCACAUUAUUUAGAAACAUGCUUACAGUCUACGGGGGUGGGGGGGAGGCAAAACAAACAACCAAAAAACCUCAAUCGAUCAAUCAAAACCUAACAAGCCACAACUGAGGGUGGUGUGAGCCUGUUCCCAGACUUUCCCGGCCCUGGCGCUGAGCCCUCUCUGCGCACGACUGUCCCGAGCCCCGUUGACUCGUCUGAGCCACGCGUCCGUGGCAGGUGCCUGUGUUUUGGUCGCCCUCUGCUCUUGCCUCGGACUUGGGUUGCUUCCCGCUGCGCUGGGGUGCUUGGAGGAGCUUUUGGGAAGAAAGCCACGGGCGUGUUUAAAACUCUGAGCUUGGGGAAAAAGCAAGGCAGGGAGUACUAAGGUCUUGAGGUGUACGUGAUGCAAUCUAAACAUUUUCUAUAUUAUGCAUUUGCUAUUUUAAUCUGAAAUGAAGUCAUUGAAACGAAGCAAAUUAAGGGGGGGGGGCAGGGGAAGAAAAGAUGAAUGAAGUAUACAGUGAACAGACUGACACAUUCAAACCAGGUACCGAAUACAGGCUUAUGCCCUGAGCGUACCAGGCCUGCCUGGAAGCUUUUACAACCUGCUGAUACCAUGAUAUUUAAGACUGCAGCGUCAUUAGGAGGGAGAUUGUUUCAAAUAAUUUCCCGGCAAUACUGAAUCACAAGCUAUCCCGCUAUCGCAGCUACCUGACACAGCACAGGCUGAGGUUGCUGCCAGGCACUGCUGUGAGGAAGUGAUGUACAGAAAUUAUUUAAAUAAAUACCUCCACUCUGUGCAUAUAUUGGCAUCUUGCACACUGGGUAAACAGUCCCACUUUGGGACAACAGAAUGGGAAGAAAAGGAUUAAAUCUGUCAGAAAAAAAGGCCUCCUCCCACCUCAGCUACUGAAGCAAUAACACAUUUUUUGAAUCAUUUGAGUAUUGCAUGCUGGAGUUUAUAAACUAAUGACUGAAAAACUUCUUUCAUGGUUUGAGGCAAACAUAAUAAAGACUUUUUCGAGGCCAAAACCAACCUUUCCUCCACUGCAGUUGCCUAUGGGAGUUUCCCUGGGACCCUGACCCCAGGACCCUAUGGUCACGGGCAGGCAUUUGCUUUUAGAUGUGAUAAGGCAGCUCCUUGGCAAAUGUAUAUUGCUUUAUCGUUUGCUUUGAUAUGCCUGGGCAGAGGGCAGGGGCUGGAGGGGCGGUCCUGGGGAUGUGGGCUCCGUGGCUUCAGGGCAGCUGGGGCUUAGGGCACGCAGAUGUGUACAUCUGGGCACACUUGUGCAGACUUCGGGCAAUGCUUUUUCCUGGCUAGAGUAGUAGAAAGCGGGGAAAGAAGGGAAAGGUCACUUUCCUUUAAACAAAUGUUGUUGUGUUGUUUUUCUGGCUUGGUUUUGCUUUGUUUUUUAAAAAGGGAUUUUAAUAGUGGGCAGUGGGUUUGCCUCUUGAGUCCUGCUUGUGCCUGUGCAGCGCUAUCCUGUCCCGACCUGGGGAUGGCUCUCUCUGGGUGUAGCCGCCCAUCACAUGCUGUGAAUCGCAAGAUUGGUGUGUUGUCACACUUUUUUGCUGUGGCGGGGGUCUCCAGGACAAAAACCACGAAGUGAAAUAGUUGAGGUGAAAGCUAAGAGCUUACCUAUGGAGCUGAGCGACAAGAGAGGUGUGGAGAACAACGGAUUUGUUCAAAAUGAGGCUUUUGAUGACAAGGAGACUGAUGCCAGUAGCCAAGAAGAAAUGCCAAAAACAUGCAUUGUUGAUGCGGACCCGACGGCUACGGAGGAGCUGGUGUUGAAGCCCUAUGCAGGGAUGCCGAAGGAAGUCUUGCUGAAGUUCUCCAGCCAAGCUCGGUACAGAGUCACCAGGGAGAUUCUCUUCUGGCUCAUGAUCAUCGCUGCCGUCGUGCUUGUGUCCGCUACGAUUGCGAUUAUCGCUCUCUCCCCAAGGUGCCUUGACUGGUGGCAGGCCAGUCCUAUUUAUCAGAUCUAUCCUCGUUCCUUCAAGGACAGCAACAUGGAUGGGAAUGGGGAUCUGAAAGGUAUCCAAGAAAAACUGGACCAUAUCACGUAUUUGAAUAUAAAAACCAUCUGGAUCACCUCUUUCUAUAAAUCCCCCUUGAAAGACCUUGGAUAUGGAGCUGAAGACUUCUAUGAGAUCGAUCCCAUGUUUGGGUCAAUGAGCGAUUUUGAGAAUCUGCUUGCAGCCAUACACGAUAGAGGGAUAAAGGUGAUAAUGGAUUUAAUACCAAACCACACAAGUGACAAGCACCGAUGGUUUCAACUGAGUCGCAAUCGGACUGGGAAGUACACGGACUACUACAUCUGGCAGGACUGCGCACAGGCUGCCGGUUCCGUCACUCCUCCAAACAACUGGGUGAGCGUCUUUGGGAAUUCCAGCUGGCAGUUUGAUGAUGUGAGAAGGCAGUGCUAUUUUCAUCAGUUUGGGAAAGAACAGCCAGACUUAAAUUUUCGCAACCUUGCUGUCCAGCAAGAAAUCCAUGAUAUUAUCAAAUUUUGGCUCGGCAAAGGAAUCGAUGGAUUUAGUUUCAGCGCUGUUAGAUUUCUUUUAGAAGCAACGCAUCUACGGAAUGAGCCUCAAGUGAACAAGUCCCAGAAUCCAGGAAGUAUCACAGCCUAUUCCCAGCUCUACCAUGACUACACGACCACACAAGUUGGUAUGCAUGAUAUCAUCCGUAGCUUCCGACAGACCCUGAAUCAGUUCAGCAGUGAACCUGGCCGAUACAGAUUUUUGGGUUCUGACGGUGAUGAGAAGGAAAACAUUGAAGCAACAAUGAUGUAUUAUGGAACCACUUUUAUCCAAGAAGCUGAUUUUCCCUUCAAUUUCAACCUAAUUAACAUGAAAAAUCUAUCGGGCAACAGUAUUUUUGAAGCUGUCAACUUGUGGAUGAAAAACAUGCCUACAGGAAAAUGGCCAAACUGGGCGGUUGGAAGCCCCAACGCUGCUCGGGUUUCAUCUCGGGUUGGGAAGGAGUACGUCAAUGUUAUAAACAUGCUGCUUUUAACCCUCCCUGGUACUCCUGUAACUUACUAUGGUGAAGAAAUAGGCAUGGAGAACAUUGCAUCAGAAAACGUGACCUUUCCAGAGAAAUCCCCCAUGCAGUGGGAUGGCAAAGUUAAUGCUGGUUUUACGGAAGGCAACAGUAGCUGGUUACCUGUUAACUCUGACUACCAAAGUGUAAAUGUUGAAAUCCAGAUGACCUGGUCCAACUCAACCCUGAACUUGUACAGAGAGCUAGCUUUACUUCGCAGCAACGAGCUACCCAUUCAGCGGGGCUGGAUGUGCUACAUCUGGAACGACAGCAACAUUUUUGUGUAUGUGAGGGAACUGGAUGGGUUAGACAGAGUCUUUAUGAUGGUUCUCAACUUUGGGCAGGAAUCGACAAUAGACCUGAAAGCUCUAGUUCCUGGCCUUCCAUCUGAAGCUAUUAUAAGACUAAGUACUAAUUUUAGCAAUGCCGGUAAAGCUGUCAAUACCAAACUAAUUAAAACUGAAAUGGGAGAAGGCCUAGUCCUCGAAUAUAAAACAGCAAAGCCUGUUCAUACUAUGGAAGCUUUUCAAGGAAAUUGUUUUGUGGCAGAAAAAGCUUGUUAUUCCAGGGCCUUCAAUUUACUUUAUGUGAGCUGUUAAGCGCAGGAGUAGAUUAACGAAGCUUUCAGGUUAAUUUAGAAAAUGUCAGUUUUAGGGAAAUGCUAAAAACUUUCCAUUUUCUUUGGCUGUUAUUAAAACUUCUUUUGUGUACAAAAUAAACGUCCUGAAAAAGAAAA